GGCGGCGGCGUGGUCGGCGGCUAUGGAGGUAGCAAAGCGUGCGGACGCCAAGGGAAGCACUGACACUGAAACAGACUCCAGCCCUCGAAGUGCAGGCUGCAGCCUCCGGCAUUUUGCUUGUGAACAAAACCUGCUGUCCCGGCCGGAUGGAUCUGCUUCUUUCCUGCAAGGUGACACCUCUGUCCUGGCUGGAGUGUACGGGCCAGCCGAGGUGAAGGUCAGCAAAGAAAUCUUCAACAAGGCCACACUCGAAGUGAUCCUGAGGCCGAAGAUCGGGCUGCCUGGCGUGGCUGAGAAGAGCCGGGAGCGGCUGAUCAGGAACACAUGUGAAGCAGCGGUCCUGGGAGCCCUGCACCCACGCACCUCGAUCACGGUGGUGCUACAGGUGGUGAGCGACGCCGGCUCCCUCUUGGCCUGUUGCCUGAAUGCUGCCUGCAUGGCACUGGUGGAUGCAGGUGUGCCGAUGCGGGCUCUCUUCUGCGGGGUCAGCUGUGCCCUGGACUCAGAUGGCAAUCUCGUGCUGGACCCCACGACCAAGCAAGAAAAGGAGGCCCGGGCCAUCCUGACCUUUGCUCUGGACAGUGUGGAGCAGAAGCUACUGAUGUCCACCACCAAGGGGCUCUAUUCUGACGCCGAGCUCCAGCACUGCCUAGCGGCUGCCCAGGCUGCCUCACAGCACAUCUUCCGUUUCUACCGAGAGUCACUGCAGAGGCGCUACUCCAAGAGCUGAGAUGAGCCAGCGCAGGGAGCCCCUCACGCCACCGCCUCCAGCUGCCACUUGACAACGCCUCACUCCAGCUCUCGUGUGGCUACCAAUCCUAUAGCAGCAGGGG